AUGGGGGUGACGAGACUCGGCGUUCCCUUCCGCCCAGCACCCAGAUGGGGGACCGCCCGAGGGCGCGGGCGGCGAGGAGGGGCCGGCCUUGCCCUCCCUUCCCGGUUACCUGCGGGCGGCGGUGCCGGGGGCCGGAGGCCUGCUGCUCCUCCUCCUCCUCCCCGCCAGGCUGAGGCGGCGAGGUGGCGGCGGCGGCGGCGGCCCGGGGGGAGGGGGCGGAGCGCGCGGCCCGCUGCCUCUCUCCUCCCCCGGGAGGCGGAGGGGACCCUAUCUCGGGCCGCCGCGCCUAGGCCCGUGGACAGCCUGCGGCAGGGGCAUGGCAGCCCCCAACGGCGGCGAGCCUGCGAGGUGCGCGAGUGCGAGGCGGAGGGAGGGGAGCGCUCCGGGGGCCUGAGGGGAGGAGCGAGGGGGCCCGGCGAGCCACGCGCAGGCGGCCGUUGGGGGCGGUUGGCCGAGGGCAGGCGGCGGUUUAGGGAGCGCGGCGACGGCUCGCGUUUUCCCGGCGGGGCGGGGUGGGGAAGGGGAAGGGGGAGUGAGGGGGAGGGAGGGGGAGGUUGGGAGGGAGCCGCCGCCGCGCGCGUGCGGGCCGGCGCCGCCGCCGUUGCCGCUCGGCUCACUCCAGCCUGUUUGGGGGCACUUUGUUUGUGUCCCACAAUGCUCUGCGCGGGCGGCCGGGCUGGGGAAGGGGAGGGCAAGUGGGCGGGGCGCGAGCGAGCUCAGGGGCGGGGCGCGAGCGAGAGGCGGGGGAGACGCGGGUACUGCGCAAGCGCAGAGAAGGCCGCUCCCGGUAGCCGUUACUUUAACCGUCUGCGACUCAGUCUCCUGAGGCAGCGGCGGGUUCUGACACGGCCGGUGCAUCUUCACAAGAGCCGAGUUACCUUCACCCGCCACCUGCGCCCUGGCCAAUUCGUCCUUCCUGUGCUCGUUCGCUUAGCCGGCUUCUCGCUCAACCUGACAAGCAUUUCUGGGCAAGGUUCACAGCUAUUGGUUUUUUUUUUUUUCUUUGAAGUAAAAUCGAAACAGACUCUGUUUUCUCGAGUGGUUUCUGUAGCGGCGCUGAGCCGGAACACCCCAGCCGCUUUCUCUCGGUGA